CUAGUUUCGGCCCUCCCCGUACGCCGAACCACCACUUGCGCCGCCGUCUCCCUCCUUCUCUCUUCACGGCCGGCAGCUUCCUCCCCCUCCUACAAUGGCCGAAAGUGAAAUCACCUCUCAAUCCUUCACCCAAAAAUCUCCACAUCUGGCUUUCUCCGUCUCCAAUGUCAAACUCCAUGUUCCAAUCCAACUCAGCUUUUCUCAACCAAACUACAAAAAGUGGAGCCGCUUGUUCCUUCUUCUUGCACGGCGGUUCAACCUUCAGGGUUAUCUCAACGGUUCUAUUGCUCCCAUCUCCGACGACGAUGAUGAAUGGUUUCAGCUCGACGCCAUCCUCCAUGGCUGGAUUCUCUCCACCAUCACUGAUGAAGUUUCUGAUCUAGUUCUUUCCUCUGUUUCUACUGCUUCUGCCCUAUGGACGGUGAUUCAUGACCUGUUUCACGACAACAAACAUGCUCGCGCCAUGCAACUCGAGCAUCAAUUUCGUACCACCGUCAAAGGAUCUACUCCCAUGGCUACGUAUUGCCAAGAGCUCAGGAAUAUUGCGGAUUGGUUGGACGAUGUAGACGCUCCCGUAUCCGAACACCAAUUGGUUCUCCAGAUGCUGCGAGGACUUCCCGACGACCUACAGGCACAAACCUCGUUUCUCCAGUUCCAGGACCCCAUGUCGAGUUUCCUCCAGGUACGAUCGGCAGCGGACUCCCCUGGGCGGCACAAGCAGCACGGCGCUGCUAGCAGGACGGGAUGCCGGCGGUUUCACCUGCGGUCAGCAUGGCGGGGGCGGCAGCCGCGGCACUCCUCAUGCCGGCAGUGGGGAUCGUGUUUUUGGCAGCAAUUUUGGCGAUGGCUCUUCCUCGGGACAGCGCAGCGGUUUUGAACGCGGACAAGGGCGUGGAAACGGCAACCGGGGUCAUGGUCGAGGGUGCUCAAACGGCGGAUCGAGACAACGGCCGCCAACGGACGUCCAAAGUUCCUGGAACUCACCUUACCCAAACCCUAGCCCCGG